GACGUCGACGUCGCCGAAGCAGUGGCGGAGAUCGAAAGGAGAUGAGAUGAGCUUCCCGGGGAGAGUGGAGCAAGCUAGCUGCUGAGGCUGAGCUCGCCUCCCCGCCUCCCGAUCCCCGCGGCCCCUCGCAGCCACAGGCCACCGGAUAACGCGCCCGGCUUCCCCCCCAUCAAAACCCCCCUCACCCCGCGCGCCCCGACUGCUCUCUGCCUCCUCCUCCUCCUCCGCCGCCGUCGCCGACGCAACCAGCCAUGCAGCCCGACUCCGCCUCCCACCGCAUCGCCCGCGUCGCCGCGCACCUCAGCCCGUCGACGCUCCCCCAGAUGGAGGAGGGCGUGAGGCCGGCGCCCUGCCGCGCCAAGGGCGGCGCGCCGGGGUUCAAGGUGGCCGUGCUGGGUGCGGCCGGAGGGAUCGGGCAGUCGCUUUCGCUGCUCAUGAAGAUGAACCCUCUCGUGUCCGUGCUCCACCUCUACGAUGUUGUCAACACGCCCGGGGUCACAGCCGAUGUCAGCCACAUGGACACCACCGCCGUGGUCCGUGGUUUCCUUGGGGCUCAACAGCUUGAGGCAGCACUUACAGGAAUGGAUCUUGUCAUUAUCCCUGCUGGUCUUCCAAGAAAACCAGGAAUGACAAGGGAUGAUUUGUUCAACAAAAACGCUGGGAUUGUUCGCACACUUUGUGAAGGCGUUGCCAAGUGUUGUCCUAAUGCGAUUGUGAACCUGAUCAGCAACCCAGUGAACUCAACCGUUCCCAUUGCUGCAGAGGUUUUCAAGAAAGCUGGAACUUAUGAUCCCAAACGUCUCCUUGGAGUGACAACACUAGAUGUAGCAAGGGCAAACACCUUUGUGGCUGAAGUGCUUGGAGUUGAUCCAAAAGAAGUCAAUGUUCCCGUUGUUGGUGGGCAUGCUGGAGUGACUAUAUUACCUCUCCUUUCUCAGGUCACUCCCCCAUGCUCAUUUACUCCAGAUGAAAUCAGCUAUUUGACUAAACGCAUACAGAAUGGUGGCACAGAAGUUGUUGAGGCAAAGGCAGGAGCAGGCUCUGCAACAUUGUCGAUGGCUUUUGCUGCAGCAAAAUUUGCUGAUGCAUGCUUGCGAGCAAUGCGUGGUGAUGCCGGCAUUGUGGAAUGUUCAUAUGUUGCAUCUGCGGUGACCGAGUUGCCGUUCUUUGCAACAAAAGUGAGGUUAGGUCGUGGUGGAGCUGAAGAGGUUCUCCCUCUUGGGCCGUUGAAUGAUUUUGAGAGAGCUGGCCUGGAGUUGGCAAAGAAAGAGCUGAUUGGGAGCAUUCAGAAGGGUAUCGAUUUCAUGAACAAGUGAGGUGACAUGAAGGGAUCACACCCCCCAAGUUAUUCAUAGAUGUAAAGAGUGUCAUAUAGUGCUCCUAUACAUGUAAAAAUUCGCUUUUGUAAAACAUCGGUGAGACGCUAAUUACCCCUUAGCUGCACUAAACCUUUUUUUCCGUGUCAUGGAAUAAAAAUCCUUUCCUAGAA